AUGGCGGCCACUAUGUCGGCCACCCUGAGCUUCCCCUUUCAGGCCUCGAUGGACGCGGAUGAUAUCGACUUCAACAUGUACUACGAGAUGCCAGCGUCAGAUUUGGAGGAGGAAGAAUCCCUCCCCGUGGCUACGUUAAACCCCCGGUGGGACAGUUUGCCCGGCAACCAAGAGUUGUCCGUGAUGGCCUCACAACGCUUGACCAUGAUGGCGAUGCGCCGGGAGACGAUGGACCAGCCGCCUCUCGAAUAUACCCUCGUAGAGGACGAGGACAAAGAAGUCCUAAUAUGCGAAUCGCCGCCACCUCUACCAGAGGAACCUCGUGUCCGACUACUACCUAUCCCGCCACGCUCUCGGUUUUAUUCCACCCCGAUUACGGACGACGAUGCGAGCACGACACCUGUGUUGCUUUAUGGCCUGGAAGAGCCGUCCGAGUAUGCGCCUCCUCCGCGGCGGAGACUGCCUGCAUUCAGGCCUGUGAGUUUCAUAGGAGGUUCUGCUCCAACGAGCCGUCCAUCGUCAAGCCACCGCAACCAACCGUCAUCAUUAUCGAGGCCGUAUCAAUCACCGACCCCGAGAGAGCCACGGUCUUCUACGCCAUUGAAAAGACUGUCCACCCUGAUAGAGAACGCCUCCCACCAAGUUCACUCUACCGUUUCUUCAUACGCCCCCAAAGGAGCAACGAUAGAAGAAUCCACUGUAUUAGGCACAUCGUCAGCUUCAACCAGCAGGUCAAGAGUGACCCUAGCAACAAUUGACUCUGACGGUGCAACUGCUCCUUCACCCCCGCUGUCAGGAUCUCCAGCAUCUAGUAUCCGCGACCCUCCGGCUUCUACAGACCCGCCCAAGCCAGCAAUAGAUCCGCCUCCUGUCCCAACAGUGGCCAGGGCAGCUACGUCAAUCGUGCCCUUGCCGUCCGAAAACACAUCGGACAUACCUCCACCGCCACCGCCCAAGCCCGUCCGGCGCAAGACAGCGCCAGACAUGAAUUCAUCUCAUGAAAGUCGACCGUCCACUGCGACAAAAUCCCGGAUUCCCUCGGGUUUCAGUUCAAUUACCAAAAUGAGCCUUCCAAAGCUUCCAUCUCUGGGAUAUCGAGCGCGUGGGAAUGAAAAUAGAAACGAUUCCAUCAAACCCACUCACAAGAGUGUCGUCCCCGUCGUCCCCAAUUCCACUUCGCACACCCUGGCUCAGUCCCUAAAACGACCAUUACCACCGCCUCCUCCACCCCAUGACUACUCCAUUCAGGCUUUCCCCGUCGAAAUCCAGCCAGAUGUCAUCCCAUCUCAUACGAAUUACCACCAGCGAGCCACCUCGAGUACAACAAACAGCUUUUCAUCACGUCCAACGGGGCUUCGGAAACCCAGUAGUAAUCAUACCCAUCAUCAAGAGCAGUCUCAAUCCCAAAGAGGACGUGAACGUGGACGCCAUGAACAGACGACGCGCGCAAAAAGUGCCGGCCGUAUGACCCGCGCGUUUUCACAGUUUGUAAAUUAG